CGGCGCCCCGGCCUGGGCGGCGCCCGCCGCCGCGGCGGCGCUGGCGGCGGGCACGGCGCGGAGGCGUUCGGAGGCGCGCGCGGGCGUUCGCCGAAGGGCGAGUGGACGCGUCAAGGAGCGGCCUCUGCCGGACCAGCUCGUGACCUCGGCCAUCAACGCCCUCUACUCGGCCGAGAAGGCGCGCGUGGGCAUGCAGUCCGAGGUGCCCUCCGAAGCCAACGGCGGCUGGGCGGGCGAGCCGCGAGAGUGGGCGGAGUCGGGGUCGCUCGCGCAGCGCGUGUCUGGCAUCUCGCAGAGCGGGCCACUGGCCAGCUUCAAGCAGUUCGUCGCCGACCGCGUCGCGGGCGAGUACGACUCGGACGCCGUGCGGGCGCUCAUCGACAGGAAGAUCCGGUCCAACAGGGUGAUGAUGUUCUCCUUCUCCACGUGCCCUUUCUGCCUCAAGUCGAAGAAGGUCCUGCGAGAGCAGUACGGCGUAGACUUCGAGGUCUACGAGUGCGAUCUCGAGGAGGAGGGCAACGCCGUGCGGGCGGAGCUCGGCCGCCUCACGGGGCGCACCUCGAUGCCCUCGGUGUGGCUGGGCCCCGGCGUCUACGUCGGCGGGUGCAACGACGGGGGGCUCGGCGGCGUGGCCGCGCUGGACGAGGAGGGCCGUCUGGAGGCUCUGCUCCGCGAGAAGGGCGCGCUCCAGGACCCGCCGUGGUGGCAGGGCCUCCUGGGGGGCCCCAGCCGCACCGAGAUCACGGCCUCGAAGCGCGCCGUGCGCCUGCGGUGCGGCGAGGCGCCGAAGAACGGAGUGGGCGCGUCCGACUCCGAGAAGGCCGCCGUCGAGGGCGCAGCGGCUGCGCUGGACCCGCUGUGCGGCCCACAGCCGGCGCGGACGCCCCUGACAGGCGUCUGGGACCUCCUCUACUGCACGGCGCCGGGGGGCUCGAGCGGCAAGGUGGGCCCCUUCGUGGGGGACGUGUCGCAGACGUUCUUGGACGAGUCGAGCUUCAUCAACGCCGUGGAGCUGGGCGCCCUCAAGGUCUCGCUUUUUGCAGAGCGAGAGAUUGUGGACGAUACGCGCAUCAAGGUGUCGUUCAAGGAGAUGGCCUUCUCUCUUUUCGGUGCGGAGAUCUUUCGCAUGCCCACGAAGGGGAAGGGCGUCUGGAAGCAGCGCUACGUGGACGCCGAUCUUCGAGUCAUGGAGACUCCCUCUCUGUUUGUCCUGAGCAGACGCGCUUGA